AUUUCACAUCUGGAGAAAGCAGAUGUUGCGCUUUUCUUGGGAGCUGGCCUCGCGCUGCGUUUCCGCACUGUCAUUGUUUCCGUUUCCACCUCCAAAGACGCCUCACGCCUCCUCACAUCUCUUGUUUUUGCCUCAAAUUCGAAUUUGCAACUUCUCGUUCUGUGCUACCAGAAGCGUAAGGAGACUUAAAAAGUAUUUUUCUUCUUCCAACCAUGGGGGACAUCGAGGCUCCCAGCUCGACUCGACCGCGCCAAACUGUCCUCUCCUCGAUUCUUCCGAGCAAAGAGUUCGUCUCCUCACGAAAAGGCAUGCUGCUUAUUGCUGAAGUGGUAAGAAAUGACCAAAAGAGUCGAUUAUGAAACUACUCAAACUGUUGAUGCACGUCUACUCGUCCUUAGUCAAGCGUGCUGCGCCUCAAGUUGGCGACUUUGAAAAGUUGUGUAUGUUGCAGCGAGAAGCUUGAUUUCACUUUUACUAAUCCGGACUGAUUUACUGUCAUGUUGAAAAUGGGUCAGUCAGUUCCCGUCACAAGUUUUCCAUCUGAAAGGGAGGGGCAGUGAUGGUUUGCAGAAACAAUGGACUGGAGAUAACACUUAAACAGGGACAUUUUGGAUAUUCAUCGUCUGUUCUGCCAGUGAUGGAGCUAAAUAACGGGACAAAUCUCCACCAGUCUCCUCUUCACUUUUCAAUAUGUGUCAAUACAAUCAGCUGAUAUUAACAACAACUGAAUAGUAUGCACUUUUUAAAUUAGAUUUCAACUGGCAGAAGUUGACAUAAUGUUUAUAUUGAUGUUGGUCAUUAUCAAUAUCAAUAUCACUCAUUGCUUGUUGGAGGGGUCGUCCUGCUAUAACUCAGCUCUGUGCAAACCCCUAUGUCUGUGUGAUCAUGUGACAUAGAGCUCAUGUUGGACUGUAAGAGAGAGCACAUAUUGUCUCUACAGUCACAUCUUCCUCCCUGUUACUCUAACAUGUAGCCUUGAGCUCAGUCUGCACACACAUUCACACACACACCAGGACACACACACACUACAGCCUCUUUACUGCUGCUUAAUAAUGUCACUGUGAUCUCCAGCCCUGGGCUAAAAGUUUCUGAAACCAAAGUUCAACCCCCUCUCAGCCUCCACAGACGGCAUAUCUGUGUCCUGUUUUGUGUGUGGGUGAACACAGGGGUUAAACUUGCAGGGAGUAAUGUGACUUAGAGCUCAUGGACAUUUGUGAUGUGAUGUAUCUACUUAAGUCAGGGGGAAAUUACACCACAGAGUAAAGCCAAGAUUAGGCUUCAGUUGGGUGAUUUAAGCAAGGAUCUUUGUUUAGAGUAACUUGUACUUUAUUUAGGUCAUGAACCACGAACAGAAUCGAUCACACCACAUUCACACGUCUGUUUUAUCGCCUCUUGAACUCAAGUUCUUGGGGCAGCCUGGCUGUAAGCAUAUAAGAGGAAUUAUACAUCUUUUCUUUCCCUUUUAUCGAAACUCUCGAAAGGUUUUCAAAGUGCUGUACAGCAAGAUAAAAUACAAUACUCUUUGGUCAAAUAAAACCGAUACUUGCCUCCAAAUGCUUUCAAAGCCAACUUCUACUCAUUGAUCCAUGAUAUGAGAGACCCAUCUUGGAGACUUUUGCCUUCAGUUUGUAUGUAAGGGGUGAUCCAAAGAUUGCUCUUAACUGUUGGCAAAAUUUCAGUGUUGGCUGUGAACAUAUUAACAUAUUAACAUAUGCUUGGAUGUAAUUGUCAGUGCAUCCAUUUCAGUAUAGAUAUUACAAAUUACACAACGCUGUAGAUGUGACAUGGUUAGCUCCCACACUUAAACAAUGUGGUGAAGUUUCUGAAGUUUCUGAUACCUAAUGAAUUACCUGACACAUUGACCCACAUUUCUUAAGGUCAACCACCAAAACACAAUCCUGACUACUGAUGACGGUUCCUUUGAGUAAAAGAUAAAAUGUGAAACCUUUGGUAUGUUAAACCAAACCUAUCGUUUGGGUUUCAUCCCUCUGCAGAUCAGAAAGAUAGUAGUUAUAAUAAUAAAGAUAAUAACAGUCAUCAUUAUCAUUAUCAUCAUCAUCCUCUUCUUCUUCCUCUUCCUUUGAGUAUUAACUUAAGGGUUCAGGGACACAGGUUUUAAUUUAUUGUGUUAAAUAGUAGAGGUGGGCCGCACCAUACGAUAUUAUCAUGAUACUCAGGCUACGAUUCAAUAUUAUCACGAUUUUAAACAUUUUGAGAUACACUGAAUAAUAAUAAUAAUGCAUCAGAUUUCAUAUAGAGCUUCAUCAGAGACUCAUAAAGCUCUUUACAUUGGAUACAUCAUUCAUUCAUUCACACAGUCACACUUUUUUGGUGGUGGUAAACUACCUUAGUAGUCACAGCUGCCCUGGGACAGACUGACAGAAACGUGGCUACCAUUUUACGCCUACGGCCUUUCUGACCGCCACCACACAACACUCACAAUCAUACACCAGUGGAGGACACACACUGGGAGCAAGGUGGGCUAAGUGUCUUGCCCAAGGACACAACAGACAGACUUGCGAUAGGGGGGAAUCGAACCGCCAACCUUCCAGUUAUUAGACGACCGCUCUACCUCCUGAGCUACUGCCGCCCCACUGAGUAUUGCGAGACCAUUUAUUGCUAUUUGUACAUUUUUUUCAACUGCUUAGUUGAUGUAGCUUUUCCUUAUUUUUGUCUUAUUGAUGGAAUAUUUUAUUUUCAUGUGUAUCAUGUGUCAUGUGUAUCUCAUUCGCGCCCUGCUUGCAUUCCUAAUGUAGGUGCUGCCAUAUUUGUUGUACAACUUUUUCCUGCUCUAUGAUGUCAGCUCUGCCAACCUCACUGAACAAACAAUUGAUUUCAUUUUUCCAUUAUUAUAGACCAAAGUUCAUAUUAGCAAUUACUCUAAAAAAUCAAUACUUGUCGGAUGAGACGAUACGAUAUAUCACCAGACAAAACAUCGCGAUACUGUGCUGUAUCGAUUGUUUCUUCCACUCUUAUUUAAUCGAUGUCUUGAGGUUUUAUCCAAAACUCUGUGAUAAAUAUCAUCUUCAUGAUAUACUGUCAUCCCUUGUGUUUACCAUAGUUGGCUUGUGUACUGUUGAAGUGUUUCUGUAAUGGUUAGGGUUAAAUAUUUUAUCACAGUGCUUUUGUUUUGCUGAUACAAUUCAUAGUUUAAAGUCGGUGCCAUGUCAACCCUCUAAACUGUCACAUAUGUCCUCCUCCUGACGGCACAUAGAGCUCAUUGCUCUGUCAUUCCUGUAAGUAUUAGUCAGACUCCUAUCCUGCUGAGCCUGCAUUAUGAUACACAGUGUGUCAGAGCACGGUGUAGCUCUCAUUAGGCUCCUGGGUCUCAGCCAGAAACAGUCCUGAUAAGGAAUGUGAAAUCACAGCAGGUUAACUGAACAUGCAGCAGAAUUCUUGUUACCUCUGAAAUAUUCUCAAAAUGAAAACAAGAUGUUGAUCAAGGGCUACAUGUUGAAUAAACGUUGGUUAAGUAUUCACAUUUUCCAAAGCAUGCAUUGCCACACUUCUCUGUUUAAAUUUAUGACAUUCAGUGUGAGUUUUGAAGUCAGCAUGCAUCCAAAACAAGCUUCACUACUUUUAGUACCUGCACAUUUCCAUAAAGAGAUGAGGCUUGCACAUAUUACAUCCAGUUUUAAAGUGAAAUUUGAGGAUUAAAUGGUUAUCAGAUAAGUUUGUAAUCAGAAAUGUAAUACCCAGAGAUAGUGUGACUUAUCUGUGUGAAUAAUAAUCAACUCAUAAAAACGCCUCAAAGAAAGAAAAAUAUUGAUAUCACUUUUCUUACAAAACAUGAUAAAUAAUUAGAUGAGUGUGUUUUUCUAGAUCAUGCUGAGUCCUGUUGCCUGUGUGUUGUAUUACAGUUGUGGUCCAGUGCUACAUCCGAACAUCACAAACUUCACUCUGCAUCUGUAAAACUGCUGGAAGAUCUUCUUCGAAACAUUUCUUUCUUUAAUCUGCAGUUUUAUCACAGGCCGCUCAGUAGCGGUGGUUUUCACAGGACUGCAGCUGCAGCUGUUUUAACAGCUCUAUUAGUGUGUAAGAGAGGCCAGAGGGAUUUAGUGUAGCCGCGUAAAAGCCUGUGUGAAUAAACAUAGUGUCUUAACAACUGUAUCUCCUUCCAGGAAGUUGGUUUGAAGCUGUGUCUCACUCAGUCACAGCUUUAGGGCACUGUAAAUUCGCUUAAAAGGGAAAGAUCAGGAAAUAAACUAAUUGAUAAAAGAACUGAUAAAAAUACCAACUGUUUUUUUCAUGGAGAAGUUUUUGCUUGAAGCUUCUGUCUUAACCUCACAGUUAUAUCUAACACACUGACCUCUUUCUCCUCUGUUUUUAAAUUCUUUUUAGGCUCUGUCUUUUGUGUCCUUCGUGUGUUUCGCGGCCUCCACAGCAGCAGCCUUCGUGACCGUCCCCCUGCUGGAGUUCCUCGCUGCUCUCUUCUUGUUGUUUGCUUACUCCACAAAAUUCAAUGAGAGGUUUAAAGGCUUCCUCUGGCCGCUUAUGGUGAGAUCUAAAAAUUCAAGUAAAAUUCGAUAUAUUCUUUGAAGUAUUGAGAGAAGGACAUGUGAGGUAUGAUUUUUCUCCUUUGAAUCCCUGCUGUCUUUGUUUCCUCUCAAAGGACUUCAUGAGAUGUGUGACCGCCGCCAUCAUCUUUUUCAUCAUCUCCAUUAUCGCAGUGUCCAAAUAUUCUGAGGGUUCUUCUAGAGCUGCUGGGGUAAAGUAGAAGUUUUUAAUCACACCAUCACUUUUGUCCCAUCACCUCAGAUCCUAAUUCAGCUGUGCUUUUGAACUUUCUGUAAACCAAACGCCUCUCUCUCUUUCUCUCUCUCUCUCUCUCUCUGUCUCUCUCUCUCUCUCUCUCUGUCUCUCUCUCUCUUUGCAGGUGUUUGGGUUCAUUGCCACCAUUGCUUUUGCUUUAGAUUUUUACCUUAUCUUUAAUGAGCUGGCAGAUUUCCUGAAGCAAGGAGGGGAGUCCAAUGAUGAACCAUCAAGACAGCAAGGUAACACUUUACAAAGAUCCGACAUACCGUGCCCAGCAUCAGUCAGUACACCCCCUAUUAAAAGUAAUGUAUGACUCAAUAUCUAGAUGAGCAAAAGCACAAUUUCCUGAGUUUAACAAAUCAUUUUAUUUACCAUAAGAUGAAAAUAAGGGUGAUAUGGUAACUAAAAUUUAGCUUUGCUCCCAGAACUUUGAUUGGGGUGUACUCAUUUUUGCAUCCUGAUAUUAAACUGAAAAAAUAUUUUUUGUAAGCACCUUAAAAAUCCUACAUUUGGGGGAGUAUUUUUUUAUAGUCUGAUAUAGAAAAUGUUGAUUUUUCAAGGAAACUAAAGGUUUUCUGACAACUCUGAAGGGGUUUACUCAUUUAUGCUGAGCACUAUAUAUCCAUAAGAAAAUACAUGUUUAAUAAUAAACCAUAUACUGUAUCUUUCAUUCUUUGACAUUUUGUAUUAAAAUCUCAGGAAUCUGUCUGCAAGGUUUGACAGUCAUAAUUAAACUUAUGCCAGUGAACUUACCCCUGCAGCAGUUAAACAUGCCAAAGUUGCACUUACCUACUCAAACUUUUCCCCUUGUGUACGCUGUUUAUUUCUCUCUUUUGUACUUCUCUUGAACCAGCAGAGUUGGACUGAACUGCUCCACAAAAAACCCACAGAGCACUGCCCUUUAUUCUAACAACAGCUGUGCUCUUAUAUUUGUUUUCCAGAUGACUUUUCAGACUCUGAUUCAGACUGAGACUACCAGGAUCAACAGCAGCUGAUUAUUGUAAUCAAAUCGAAACAGAUGACCGCGGUUGAGCUGCCAUCUGCAAAGUGCUUUUCCGGCAUAAGGUUACAUAACUCUUUUGUACAGUCGAAAUCAUUUCAAUGAACUUCAUUUCAUAUGAACUUUUCAUGCAGUCUUCUUUUAAGAAAAGUUGGUCCGUUUUUUUCUUGCUCAAGCUGUAAACUGUUGAACAUAUUUGGAAAAACAUAAAUUACAUAAUUAUCCUGUAAAGCUGUGAAAUUUUUCUGUCACAUUAUUCAGCUCUUAAGAGCUAAAUGUUGGAUCCACAUGUGGGAGACUGUGAUACAAUCUUGAAUAAUGACUAGCAUUAAAUCUUUGGCCUGUGCCUUUUUUCUUAAUUACAGACAUGAACUACAAAACCAGAUUAAUAAACUUUGUGAAGACGUUAUAAAGUAUGCUUUGUUGAAAAUGGAAAGAAAAAAAACAGGACCAAAGUUUAUUAGUGGGGCAUUGUCACAUGGAUAGGUCCAACAGUAACAAACUACAUACCAUAUACUGUAUGUUCAAACAAAGAGGGGCAGAUGGGUCGCAGGUUGGCUGGUAACAACCUCCAUCUAACUCUCGUCACUCUUUAAUGUGACGACUUUCUCUUUGUCUUUACAUUAUUUAGAUGUCACUUUUUAUUUGUAUGGUUGUCAGAAACAGAAAAAAAUGAAACAUUUUCACUUUUUUCCAAUUCUCUUGGACAGUUGGACAUUUCUAUUUGCUGUAUGUGCUUGAUCGUGUGUGUGAGACCACUUAUUUAGUUUAAUACUGAAUAUCUCACAUGUGAAUAUUUUUUGUUUGUUUUGAACUGCAUUUCAACUCCUAUUGGUUUCAGUUUCGGUAACUGGUUUAUAACCACAUCCACCGCCACUACUGAGAAAUCAGACGCACUAAAAUGCCACAGUGACUGUUUGCUUAGUACACACUGCACCACUCAAGGGGACUGAAAACUGCCAUCAGUGACCUUGUAUGUCAAUGUGGUUUUCUAAUCGUCAUGCACAUUGGGCAUAUUAAAGGCAAGGAACAUUUUACAAAAAGUUGUAUCCAGUUGUUUUCACCAAUGUGCCUUCUUUUGGUUAAGUUAAAUAAUGCAAAACAGGAAGAGCAAUACUGAAGGUAUUAUUGAAAUUAAAAUGUCUCCUUUCUUAACCAUGUUUGAUUAAACCUGCAGUACAAAGAGUGAAAAUAGUUUCCUUGGCUUAUUGUAAUCAGGGAAUAUUUUCAUGUGCUCAUCAUCAUGUAAAAUAAAAAUAAAUAAAUAAAUACACCACCUUUUUUGUUUCACUGUUUGGCACUUAUGUGCUAAAGUUCAAAUAAAGUUAUGAAUUUUUUGGAAUAGUGUCCAAGUGCACUUUGUUCAUACUGUCACCAUAAAGUGUCUAUUGUGAUGUUUUAUAUUAAAAGUUUGGUUCCAUGCUACCGUGUGAGUACCAUAUCAUCCGGACUAUAAGUUGCACUUUCUUUCAUAGUUUGGCUGGGUUUGCAACUUUACUCAGGUGUGACUUAUAUAUAUUCAAAUAUAUAAUUUGGUCUUGGAUUUUACAAACUAAUUUCCCCCCCAAGAAAUAUGACUUACACUGGUCUAUGUUUUUCCUUCUUCAUUAUGCAUUUUUUGGCUGGUGCAACUUAUACUCUGGUGCGAAUCAUAUAUAACUGACCUUGCUGUAUUUACUGACAAAACUCAAAGUAUAAAAAGGAGACAAAAGAUCAUCAAACCUCUUACUUCAUCCACACAGUCAGCUUCAGUCUACUUUUUUUAUGGCCUAAAAUAGAAACGAGGGUAUUUCUUCAUAAUAUUCUAUAGUGAUAACAUUGUACAGAAACGGCCAAGGCUUAAAAGGUUUUGACAAAUAUGCUUGUCAGUUUAUAUCAACACACAGUACACUGAAACGCACCUGUAAAACUGUGCUGUAAAAUUUGCUGUACAAAUGUUUACAGGAACUUUUUUUUUACAUGACUCAGAAACAAAUCCAUCGGUCUUAACACACAGAAUAGCAAACAUGAUUGUCCGGGCUUUAAACUACUACAGUCACCAAAGCAUUAGAUGAACACGAUAUAAAUUACCAAAAAACAAAAAGAAAAAUCGGGUUAGACCGUUAGUGUUACAACUUUUACAGCUGUUCAAUAAGCUAUACAAUUUAUUUCUCAUUCUUCAACUGUGGUCAAAAACAUUUCUGGUCCACCCUUGCAGGCAUACAUACACACACACACCCUCUGUACAGGCGGCUGUAACUAUAGAGUAAUACAGUUGGUCCACUCAAGUGAAAAGAAGCACAUUUCGUAUGAAGACCAGGAGGUGGCGCUGUAGAGUCAAUUUUGACCCUGGAAAAACUCACUGAAGCCCUCUAUAGUUGUCGCGAGGUCUCAAAUGAACAACUAAAACACACACGGUUGUAGCUGUAAUGUAGAUUCAACACACUAGAACAAUUUAACGCAUCAAUUAAGUAACAUGAGCUUUUUUUCUGCCUUCAUUAUGAAAAAGAAACUGAUUUCUUCAAGAUCACGCCUCCUCGAGUUACACUGGCCAAACAGCGAAGGAUUAAAGGAAUGUCAGGAAUGCUUGCUCUCUGUAUGGAUAAGCUUUAUAGCAGCUGUGAUGAGGAAUGUUAUCAUAAUCAAUAAUACAUGAGGUUGUGUUAUGAUUUACUUCUAGUUAAAGAGUUAAAGCUGUGAUACUGACAGUUACUGUACUGUGUUUCCAUCUUUUUUUUAACUUUGAUUAUUUUCUUAUUCCUUUCUUUGAGAUUAUCUGAUCGUGUGUAAUAAAUUUGAAGGCAUAAAGGAGCACAGCGUUCAUGUUGAGGCACCCUGGUAUUUGAUUUUCCUUUUUCUUGAAGAGUCAAAGAUUGAAAGAUGAGUUCAUACCUGAGAUAGUGUAAAGGCCGAGGGCGUUAUUCUUGAACACCGUUAGUGAUCAAGAUGUUUGAUGUUUAAGAUAGAUCUCACAAACGCUACGUUGACAUUUGUGUAACCUGAAGCCUUUGACAAGUGCAAAAGAAAAAGAUGCCAAUAUCCUUAUUUUUUUUUGCCUGAUUUGACCUCCCUAAGCUCACAGUGUUGACCUCACAUAGAUCUCAAAACCAUGGUCGCAGGAAGCACAACAGUGGACUUCGCUUUAGCCUACACUCCUUG